AUGGUGAAUUUUUUUGAAAAAAAAAAUACAUAUAAAAUGACUACAAAUACAGAAGAAGAAAAGAAAACAAACAACAUUUGUGAUAACGAAUUGUGUGAAAUAUUAUCUUCAGAUGAAAGUAAUGAAUUUAUAUAUGAAAAAAAUGAUGAUUUUAUAAUUGUAGAACUUAUUUCUUAUAUUUGUGGUAAUUCCAAAAUAUUGUCUUUUUAUCCAUGCACAAAUAAUAAUUCAGGCAAAAAUAAAUAUCUAUAUCAUUUUUAUAAAAAAAAAAAAAUUAAGUUAUACUUGUGUUUAAACACAAAAAACAAUGAAGUAUAUAUAUAUCAAGUUCAAAGAAAAUAUGUAGAAAAUAAAGAUGGCAAUAUAAAUAAAGAUGGCAAUAAAAAUGAUAGCAUAAAUGAAAUACCUUUAUAUUCCCAAAAAUCUGAUGAGAGUGUCAAAAUUAUUGGAGAAAUUAAAUUAGGCAACAGUCUACAAAAUGAUAAAAAUUAUAACAUAACUUCAUUAAAAAAUAUAGAAAUAAAAAAGGAAAAUAAAAAAAAAUCAACUAAUUUUGAAAAAAAAAUAUGUAUCACGAAAUUAUUUGAUAGUGUAAAUUGUAGUUAUGAUAUAUCAACUGUUGAAUAUUCAAAAUUAGAAAAUAAUGAUACAAAAAUUUUAGAUAGUUUAAAGAGUAUAUUAGAAAAAAAACUUAAAAAAAAUCAAAAAGUGGUAGAAAAUAAUAUCGAUUCACAAAAACAAAACAAAAAAUUAAUAGAAGAAGAAUUAAAUUAUCAAAAUAAUAAUGAUAAUAUCUUCUAUGUGAAAAAAAACGAUAUAAUUCAUAAAAAUAGCAUCAAUGUGAAAUCAGAAAAUAAACAAGACAAAACUCAUGUAAAUAAUAAAGAAAUAAAAUUGUUAUAUCUCAAUUUCCAUGAGCCGGCUCACAUAUUUAUGAACCAUUUCUUCAAAAUUAACCAAGAUAAUGAAGAAAAUUCUGUAAAAGAAAUAACAGGAUUUCUGAAAGACGAAAAAUAUGGAUAUAUAGAAAAGGAACAUUUAAAAAAAUCAAAAAGAAAAAAAUAUUCACCCAUAUUUGGAAAAAUAAAAAAUGAAACAUUACCAUAUAAUAUAUUAGAAAAUUAUCAAAGUGAUAUAAGUAUAUGUAGCACUAAUUUAUUUUUUAGUGACACUGAAGUUAUAACUAAAGAGAAUGGUGGAAAUUGUAAAGAAGUGAAAGAAGAAAAUGGAGAAAAAGAGGAAGAUCGAUAUAAAAAAAACAAAAAAAAAAAUAAUAUAUCAUUUAAAAGAAAUAAUUUAAAAAUAAAAUGGUUAUUAUUAAAUUUAAAUUUAAAAAAAGAAGAAGAACUUUUAAUACAAAAAUAUGUAAUGUUUAAAAAAACAAGUUUACAAAAAAUGUCAAAAGAGUUACAUGAUCAUGAUAUUUCGAAUAUUUCUACUUAUCAAAAUAAGAGGUCUUCUUUUCGAAAAAAAAAAAAAAAAAAAAAAAAAAAUGUAUCAGAAAAUAAUUCUAAUAUAAAAUUCUCUGAUAAAACACAAAAUAAAGAAAAUGAAAAUGAGUCAACUCUUACAUUCAAUAAUAGUACACAACAAUACACAAAUGGUAUAAUCUCGAAUUUUUCAUCUAAACAUAUGGUAGAACAUAAAGAAAAUGAAAUAAAUAAAAUGAACGGCAUCAAUAAUUAUUAUAAUACUGAUAAUAAAAUCGAUUUCGAAAAUACAUUUUAUAUUCAAAACUAUCAUAAUAAUGAUAAUAAAAUUUCUAUUUUGAAAGAGAUUGCUAAUAAAAAUAAAAUGGAGAGUUACGAAAAAACAAACAUAAUACAACACAUUGAUACUAAUUCUGUUGAAGUGGAAAAAGAAACAAAUAUAAAAAUGAAUACAAAACAUCAAUUAGAAGAAUAUCCAAAUCAUUAUCAUGAUAAGUCUGUUUGUUAUUCGGAAAUGAAUGUGUUAGAAAUAAAUAAUUUUGAAAAAACAAAUUCAAAAAAAAGAAAAAUUGAAAAAGAUCAACUAUAUUGUGAUUAUAAUAAUAAUAAUAAUUGUCUUAAUUUUGAAAAUUUAGUAAAAAAUGGAAAAAAUUAUUUAACAAUUUCGGAAAGUACAAAACAUAUAACAUAUAGAGAAUGUAAUUAUCCACAUAAUCCAAAUAGCGGAUCUAACAAAAGUACUGACUCUUCUUAUGAUAAUAAAAAUAAUGAAUCAAUCGAGGAAAUAAUUCCAGACAAAUUAAAUUUGAUACAAUUUAAUAAUUCUGAACAAAAUAUUUUGGAAAAUUGUAGUGAAAAACAGAUAAUAAAUGCGGAUGUGAUAAACAGCACCAUGGGCUAUCGAAAUAGAACAAAGGAAAUGGAAAAUGGCGAAACUGACGAAAAUGGAGAAAAUGAUGAAAAUGGAGAAAAUGAUGAAAAUAGCGAAACUGAUGAAAAUGGCGAAACUGAUGAAAAUGGCGAAAAUGACGAAAGUAAUGAAAAUGGAGAAAAUGGAGAAAAUGGGAAAUGCUGCUUUUUAAAACGGAAAGUAAAUAACAUCCUAGAUAUCAUAAAAAUAAUAUAUACGAAUAGUAUACGUGUAAAAUAUUUUGAUAAUCUUAAGUUGUAUAUAGGAUUAUAUAAAAAUUAUAGUAAUAUUGAAAAAACGAAAUUAGAAUUCUUAGAAACAGAAAAAAGUAUAGAUAUAAAAAUAUUAAAUUGGUAUAUAAAUGAAAAAAUUGUAGAAAAAAAAAAUGUAUGGCAAUUAAAUAAUUAUAAAAUUGAUAAUUGUAGUAUAUUUCGUUUAAAUAAAUUUAAAUAUAUAGAUGAUUCAAUUAUAGACUUUUUUAAUAACUAUAUUUAUUUUUAUAUACUGAACAGAAACAAUAAUAAUAAUAAUGAUGGGUGUAAAGUUGAAAAUGAUAAAAAAAAUGAUAUAUACAUUUUUAAUACAUUUUUUUAUAAGAAAAUUGAAUUAUAUGAUGAUACAUCAAAAGCAUAUCUUAAUACAAAUAGAUGGAUUAAAAAAUUGAAUAAAAAAAUUUAUGAAUAUAAAUAUGUAUUUAUCCCAAUAAAUAUUAAUAAUACACAUUGGUCUUUAGUUUUGAUUUAUUUCCCUUUCAGUGAUUCAAAUCAAGAUAAAAAUGAGGAGAAAUAUAAAAACGAGGAGAAAUAUAAAAACGAGGAGAAAUAUAAAAACGAGGAGAAAUAUAAAAACGAGGAGGAAUAUAAAAAUGAGGAGAAAUAUAAAAAUGAGGAGAAAUAUAAAAAUAAGGAGAAAUAUAAAAACGAGGAGAAAUAUAAAAAUAAGGAGAAAUAUAAAAAUUAUUAUUCCCUUUAUACUAAACAAAUAAAUGAUAAAGAUGUCAUAGACAAUGUUCAGGAAAAUAUAUAUUCUCCUGUUUUUAGAAACAAUUUAGACGAUAAUAAUCCAAGUAUAAACAUUGACAUAAAUUUGAAUUCCAAAUGUAAUAAGGAAAGAAAUAUAUUUCUUAGAUAUAGAAGUAAAUCUCUUGACUCUUAUUUUUUAAAUGAUCAGCAAUAUUGUAUACAUGAGUAUAAUAAAAAUAAUGAUGUUAUAAAACAGUCAUUUAAAAAAAUUGAAAAAAAUGACGAAAAAAAAUUAAGAAGGAAAAAAACGAUUUCUGGAUAUUUGAGCGAUAGAAAUGAACAUGAGUCUAGCUACAUUUCUAUAAGUGAUAGUAGCGAAAAUUGUAAAAAUAAAAAAGAUAAUUUAAAUAUCAAUAUGAAUAAACAAAAUUCUAAAGAAUGUAAAAAUGAAAAUAAUAUUGAAGAAGAAAGGUUGGUGUAUAUGAUCUAUCUUGAUUCAUUAUUCCCAUCAACUAAAGGAAAUACAAUUUUAGAAAAAUUAAAAAAAUAUAUAGAACAUUUAUUUCAUCGGGAUUAUAUGAAAAAAGAAAAACGAAAAAAAAAAAAUAAUAAUAAUAUAUUAUCUAAUUCUGGAGAAAAUAGUGAUUCUUCCUCUCACACCUAUCAUAAUAAUAGAAGUGGGAAUGAAAAUAAUCAGCCUAAAAUAUUUUUUAAAUUUAUAUAUCCAAAUAUAAUACCAAAACAAAAUAAUACCUAUGAUUGUGGUAUAUAUAUUAUUUAUUUUAUUUUACAUUUAUGUUUAAAUAUACAUUUAAUUGAGACCGAUUUAAUAAACCCUUUUAAUAAAUAUGUUCAAACUAAUUACCCAGAUGAUAAAUAUAAUUUCAAUUUAUCUCCUCAAAAUUCUAGUAAAAAUCCAUAUGCACGAACUUAUCUAAAUAAUGCAUCUCCAUGGUUUGACCAUAAAGACAUAUGCACAAAGAGAAAGCAAAUGAAAAAGAUGCUUCUAUACAUGAAAGAUGUCAUAAAUUGGAAAUCAGAAAAACAUAUAGAAAUUUUAAAUUUGUUAUUUUUAAUGAAUUGCAAUGAUAAAAAUCAAAGGAAUUAA